AUGGGCGACAAUCAGUUCCAGAGCAGUUUCUCUGUAACUCUGGUCUCUCUGAAUGAGAGCGACAUGAAGCAAGAGCUGCCGCUUUCUAGACCUCUUCAGGAGCUCACACUUCUAGUCCACAGAGAGAUGGACGACUUCUCCCUCAGCAUUAAUGACGAUGCUGGCGUCUGUGUUUUUAAGUUCUCCAUCACGAGGGACACAGAGUGUUGCCGGGUGGCCACCCGCUCAUUCCUCAUCACUCUGGGGUGUUUCAGUACCAUCAUGCGCUUCACCACUCAGUCUGAGUUUGAGAUCUUCCACAGAAUGCUGCGCUCAUGGCACGAGCUCAGGAGAGAUCAGUCUGUGUUUCAGCAGAGGACAGACGGUUCAUCUGCCCUGCAGUACUUCCAGACUCUAGUGAAAAGCAAUAACUUGUCCAACAAAAUCACGGUUUUGUCAGGAAAGAUUGAGGAAGUUUCCUGCUCAGAGAAGGUGGAUGUGAUCAUCUCAGAGCCCAUGGGCUACAUGCUCCUCAAUGAGAGGAUGUUAGAGAGCUAUUUGCACGCCAAAAACUGGUUAAAACCCAAAGGCAUGAUGUUCCCGACUCAGGGUGACAUUCAUCUGGCUCCUUUCACUGAUGAACAACUGUACAUGGAGCAUCACGCCCGCUCUAACUUCUGGAAUCAGAGAUGUUUCUAUGGUGUGAACUUGAGCGGGCUUCAUUCUUCUGCUGUGGAUGAGUUCUUCAGACAGCCAAUAGUUGACACAUUCGAUAUGCAGAUUCUCAUGGCCAGGUCUGUGAAAUACACAAUCAACUUUCUGGAGGCAAAAGAGGAAGAUUUACACCGGUUGGAAAUUCCAUUUGUCUUCAAACUGCUGCAGUCAGGGUUGAUCCAUGGACUUGCGUUUUGGUUUGAUGUGGCCUUUGUUGGCUCAAGGAUGACAGUAUGGCUGUCCACUGCUCCAAAUGAACCUUUGACUCAAUGGUAUCAGGUGCGCUGUCUUCUGCAGACCCCCCUGUUUGCCAAAAUGGGGCAGACGUUAUCUGGACGGGUUCAGCUAAUAGCCAACAAGAGACAAAGCUAUGACAUUCACAUUACUGCUUUGGUUGAUCAGUCUGGAUUUAAAUCUGGGAACUCACUGGAUUUGAAAAAUAAUUUUUUUCGGUAA